UUUUAUCAUUUAAACUGCAGUUAUCUUUUCGCGCGGUUGUCAGGCGCGUGCACAUACCCAACAAACAUAAAUAUAAUGGGUGGUAACUAUUCCGCUAUGGACCCGAUGGACGUACCUGUCCCGGACUUAGCUAAAUUAUUCGAACGCGAUGGAUAUUUAAAGCCUUACGAACGUGAAAUUCGCCGGCGAUAUGGGUGCUUCAAGGACCUAUGGGAACGCAUCGAGACGUGGGAUGGUGGGUUAGACGCCUUUACCACAGGUUAUCGUUACUUCGGACCGCAGUUCAACUCUGACGGGUCGGUAACAUGGCGGGAAUGGGCACCAGGUGCUCACACGCUGCAUCUGCAAGGAGAAUUCAAUGGCUGGAAUUCAAAAAGUCAUCCGUUCAAGAAGUUGGAGUAUGGAAAGUGGGAACUGCAUAUCCCCGCAGCGGCAGGCGGCUACGCGUUGAAACAUGGCAGCAGAGUCCAACUCAUCGUGAACGAACAUCUAUACAGGGUGUCCCCCUGGGCGAACUAUGUUAAACCAUUUGAGGGAUUUACUUAUCAACAGUUUAUUUACAAACCGGAACAGCCGUACCAGUUUAAACACCCAAAAGUGGAUAGACCAAAAUCACUUAGAAUCUACGAGAGUCACGUGGGUAUCGCCACUCCAGAGGGCAGAGUAGGGACAUACACUGAGUUCAAGGAUAAUGUGCUACCUAGAAUUAAGAAACAAGGUUACAAUGCAAUACAAUUAAUGGCUAUAAUGGAGCACGCGUACUACGCUUCCUUUGGAUAUCAAGUGACCAGUUUCUUCGCUGCGAGCAGUCGUUACGGCACGCCAUGCGAGCUGAAGCAACUGAUCGACCGCGCGCACGAGAUGGGUCUGUACGUGUUGUUGGACGUGGUGCACUCGCACGCAUCCAAGAACACGCUGGACGGCCUCAACGAGUUCGACGGCACUAACGCGUGCUACUUCCACGACGGCCCGCGCGGCACUCACACGCUGUGGGACAGCAGACUGUUUAAUUAUUCUGAAACUGAGGUGCUAAGGUUCCUGCUGUCGAAUCUACGGUGGUAUCAAGAGGAGUACCAGUUUGAUGGAUUCAGAUUCGACGGCGUGACAUCAAUGUUGUACCACAGCCGCGGCAUCGGGCAGGGCUUCUCCGGUCACUACGACGAGUACUACGGCCUCAAUGUCGACACUGAGGCCCUCGUCUAUCUCAUGCUGGCCAACGAGCUCGUGCACAAGCUCGACCACAGAGCUAUUACUAUUGCUGAAGAUGUAUCAGGCAUGCCGGCGUCAGGUCGGCCUGUGCGCGAAGGGGGCACCGGGUUCGACUAUCGACUGGGCAUGGCCAUACCCGACAUGUGGAUCAAGCUGCUGAAGGAGCAGCGCGACGAGGACUGGACGAUGGGCCACAUCGUGCACACGCUCACCAAUCGCCGCUGGAUGGAGGGUACCGUCGCAUACGCAGAGAGCCAUGAUCAGGCGCUGGUUGGCGACAAGACGAUAGCGUUCUGGUUAAUGGACGCGGCGAUGUACAGCCACAUGAGUACACUGAGCGAGCCCAGCGCGGUGGUGGAGCGCGGCCUCGCCCUGCACUGUAUGAUACGACUCAUCACACACGCGCUCGGCGGAGAGGCCUACCUAAACUUUAUAGGUAAUGAAUUCGGUCACCCCGAAUGGCUGGACUUCCCGCGCGCGGGCAACAACUCCUCGUACCACUAUGCACGCCGCCAGUGGAACCUGGUGGACGAUGACCUCCUUAAAUACAAGUUCCUGAACGAAUUCGACCGCGACAUGAACAUGCUCGAGGAGAAACAUGGCUGGCUCAGAUCUGAUCCGGGUUUCGUAUCAUGCAAACACGAAGGUGACAAAGUAAUUGCAUUUGAAAGAGCUGGUCUUUUGUUUGUCUUCAAUUUCCAUCCGUCGCAGAGUUUCACAGACUACAGAGUCGGUGUAGAUGUGCCAGGGAAAUAUCAAGCGGUGCUAUGUUCAGAUAGUAAGAAGUACGGUGGAUUUGGACGGAUAGAACCUGAAGGAGAAUUUCAUUUAACACAGAAUGUACCUUGGGGCAACCGUAAUGAUUCAAUACAGGUUUACAUACCCUGCCGUACAGCUAUUGUCUAUGCUAGAAGUGAUUAAUUUUUUUUUAUAAACUGCCAGUAAUAUGUUUGUCACAUUUUUGCUCAAUAUUAUUUGCUAUAAUUGUGCUUGCCAUAUAAAAGUGUAGGUGUUACUUAUUUAUACACAUU